CGCCAUUGCGCGAAGGAAGAGAUAUCAAAAGAGUAGGGUCGUGUUUAAAAGGAUUGGAAAAGAUCAAGGGGUGAUCUGAAUGGGGAAAUGGAAAUGAAUGGUGAUGGGGCGAAAAGGUUGGGGGAGAAGUUGUUGAUGGAAGUUGAGGUGGAGGAUCUGAGCUCGCUGUUCAAGUCUCUGCGCGAGUAUAAGUUGCAGGAAGACGGAAUAACCAACAGCACAAACACUCCCCAACCCUCUUGUUUCAACAUACCAGAGAUCGACCGCCUCAUUCUAAACUCAAGCUCACCAAUCCUCGAAAUCAUCUCUCCACCGCCAACCCAUCAUGCCUCAGGAGCGGGCAAAACCUCACUCAUCUACCUCAUCAUCGCCCACGCUAUUCUCCCUCCUAGCUUCUCCUCCACUUCUCUAGGCGGGCAAGAAGCAGCCGUCAUUCUCUUCGAUCCGCUGCACCAUUUCAGCAUCCCUCGGCUAGUAGAAGUCAUGCUCACCCUUCUCAAAACCAGCCUUGUCACCGUGGAGAAGGAACUCGACGACACCAUCAAGGCCGACAUGAAACCGGUGAUCAGAACCGCACUAACACACCUCCACAUCUUCCGCACUCAGUCCUGGUCCUCUUUCCUAGCAACCCUCAACUCACUACCGGAUUACCUCCUUAACGAAAAUCCUCAACACAAGAGUAUGCACCGUCGUGUCCACUCCGUUAUUCUCGAAGACAUCGACGCAUUUUCCUGGUCGAUACGGAAUACCGGUGCUGCCGUACCUAGCUCGUCAAAUACCCUUGCCACAGCAUCCACACAGCUUACCACCAGCCUUGCAAAGCUGAGCAAGCUACUCUCCUGUGCCACAAUAUUGACAUCACAAUCUACCACGCUGUCAUCGUACCGGCCGGCGUUGCCUACGUCGUGGCCUCAGGGUACGCCAGUUACGCGUUUGGCAGUCCGCCGAGUGGAUGUACUCAAGUUUGCUCCGGGGAUUAGUGUGGAAGAUGCUGAGAAGGAGAGAGUGCAGCGGUGGGAGGUGGUUAGCCGGGGAAGGUUUGAGUGCUGGAGGGUGGGUAUAGGCGUGAGGGACAGCGAAGGAUUUGUUUUCAGGGUAGGGAAUGGAAUUGAGAUGGAAAGGGAAGGUGCAAGGUGAUGCAUGGUGUCUUAUGAAGGAGUUUGGCGUUUGCAACGGCUUGGGAUGAUACCCAUUGGAAUACGGUUUAAAGACGAAUCUGAUCAGUAUGUGUUUCCAAAUCGGUAGUAUGAUAUAACAGACUACAAAC